AUGGUGUCCUUGACUGACGUGCAGGCUUCCAACGCCAAUAUCGCAACAGCUCUCCCAGCAGGGCUCGUCGCCGUCUUCGUAGGCGCAACCAAUGGCAUCGGCGAAGCCACGGUGAAAGAGUUCGCUCGAUCAACUCACUCGCCGCACGCAUACUUAGUCGGGCGCUCCCAAGAAGCCGCGGCACGGAUCAUAGCAGAAUGCAGACAACUAAACCCAGUGGGAGAAUUCAUCUUCAUCCAAGCAGAUGUCAGCCUCAUGCGUAAUGUCGAUGAAGUCUGUCACGAAAUCAAGAGCAAAGAAAGGGCCAUCGAUCUCUUAUUCCUCAGCUAUACGUCGGAAGGUCUACACAUCAUGACUGCAACGGCGUAUUACGCCCGCAUCAGAUUCAUACUGAAUUUCCUCCCUCUCCUUCGACAAUCUCGCCUCCGUCGCGUCGUCACUGUCCUCGCCGGUGGCCACGAAGGCCCAAUCGACGCAUCCGAUUUCCAGGGACGGAACAUGUCCAUGCUGAAGUUACGCGGACACAUCGUCUCGAUGACCGACUUGGCGCUGGAAAAGAUCGCUGAACAAGCCUCCGAGGUCAGUUUCGUUCAUGAUUAUCCCGGGACUGUGAAAACAGGAAUAGGUCGUGAUCCGAAUACGCUCCUGGUUUGGCUUUUGAAUGUUGUGCUCUUGAUCGUCGGGCCUUGGAUUUAUAUUCCGAAUCGGGAAUCCGGGGAGAGGCAUCUGUUCUUUGCGACCAGUGCGAAGUAUCCACCGAAGGUUGGGGAUGCGGGUGUGCCGCUGAUUGGGGAUGGGAAGGUUGCGGCAGGGACUGAUGGGAGGGUUAGGAGUGGUGUGUAUAGUGUUCACUGGGAUGGAGAGCAUGCUGCUCGGGUUGAGCUUUUGGCUGGUUUUCGGGCGCACAUGGCUCCGAGGGUUUGGGAGCAUACUAUUGCUGAGUUCAAGCGAAUUACUGGGGAACUUGACUCGAACCCUCCUAUUUAA